AUGUAUGUUAUUGUCGGUGUCUUACUCCUUGUUCUAGCAUCUAAACACUUUGGUAGCAUUGACGGAACAGAUAUCUCACCAUUUGGUUUAGAAGAACUUCGGUUGCAGAUAACCAUUGUUAGUCAGGAUGUUUCGUUGUUUUCUGGUGCACUCAGAAGCAACUUGGACCCAUUCGAGGAGCAUACCGACCAGGAGUGCUGGGAUGUACUCGAGCGAUCUCAUUUAACAAGGUUGCUCAGUCGGGCGAUUGAAAAAGGUGGUUUCACACUUGAGAUGCCGAUAAGCCAAGGUAGCUUGCUCAGCGCAGGACAAAGGCAACUGCUUGCACUCGCUCGGGCAGUUUUACAAAAAACCAACAUCAUCAUUAUGGAUGAAGCAACGUCUCAAAUAGAUUUGCGUUUGGAUGACCAGAUCCAACUUUCCGACUAUGAUCGCAUUUUAGCGUUAGAUGCUGGGGAGAUCAUAGAAUUUGAUGAGCCAAAAGUACUUUUAGCGAAGGUUGAAGGGGCUUUCCGAGAGAUGCGUAGAAAGAGUGCAGAUUGGCCACAAUUGUUUGCUUCCAUGAAACGUUAA